CCAAAUGUGCACCCAUGAAAGUAGUACAUUCUGGUUAUCCUUUGGAAAGGAUAGCGACAGACAUUUUGGGUGAGUUACCUUUAACAAAGAAAGGUAACAAAUACAUCUUGGUAGUUGCAGACUAUUAUACAAAGUGGACAGAAAGCUUUGCAAUCCCAAAUAUGGAAUCCAUCACAAUAGCUAGAGUCAUUGUGGAAGAAGUGAUCUGUCGAAUUGGCACACCAGCAGUUAUCCAUUCGGACCAAGGUCGACAGUUCGAAAGCAAGUUGUUCUCAGAAAUGUGUUCUUUGUUGGGCAUCAGAAAGACACAUACAACACCAUACCACCCCCAAUCGGAUGGUAUGGUGGAACGUUUCAAUCGAACACUAACAACUAUGCUUAGCAAUUUUGUAAAUGAAAACCAUACAGAUUGGGAUGAACAUUUACCGUAUGUCAUGAUGGCAUAUAGGUCAACCAUCCAUGAAACAACUGGGUUUUCGCCAAAUUCAUUGAUGCUUGGAAGAGAGGUUUGCACUCCCUUGGAUAUCAUGUAUGAUGUACCUUCCGCUAUUAAACCAGUUCCUCAAAAUGAAUGGGUUUGGCAAUUGCAAGAUAGACUUGAAAAUGCACAUAAAACUGUCCGAGCAAAUACAGAGCAAGCUAUGGUUCGCCAAAAACAUUACCAUGACAAGAAAUUAAACUGGGGACAGUUCAAGGAAAAUGAUGAGGUGUAUGUGUAUUUUCCAAGAACGAAGUCAGGUCAGUCGCCCAAGUUUACCAGCUAUUGGCGUGGACCAUAUAGAAUCAUAAAGAAAAUGUCAGAUGUUGCGUACAAAGUGAAUUGUGGUCAACGUGAGUCAAAUCAAGUCAUACAUGUUGAUAGAAUUAGACUGAAACGACCCCAAACGUUAGUUGGUGAAACGGCUGACUGUGUUGAAGAGCAGAAAGAGGAAACAUUCCAAGAUCAAACAUGUAGCGACAAUACAAAGGCUCAAAUAGAAAAUACAAAUUACAAAAACGAGAGUGUUGUUGUCAGUGAACAGCAGAAAUAUGAAACUGAGCAACAAUCUUGUAAAGAAAAAGAACUGCCUGCAAGACAGUUUCGUAGUAGAAGACCCCCUGUAUGGUUAAAAGAUUAUGAGACUGAUUAUUAGAUUAUAUACUAUAUGCCAUACUAAAUACUAGAACCUAAUGUUCUUUCUUUGUCGUUUUAGAUUUAAAGGCAUGGCGAAGACAAAGAUGACAAAGAGAAGCGGGACGAGGAAAUGUCCAAUGUGUUCCAGUGUUUUCCAUGGUGAUGUUGAGUUUUCCACCCAUGUGGUAGAGUGUGCAAUGAAGGAGCAUUCAUGUGAUUUUUGCGAUUUUACGUCCCAGAAAGAGUGUAAUGUCAGAAGACAUAUGAAGAGAGCGCACACUGGAUUGACAGAAAGUCCUAUUGCAUUGGGCCAGAAGCUGGUUGAAACAGACGAAGUCCCGGAAAAGGCGAAGAACACUGAAAAUGCCAAUAAUAUUGUGUCAAGUGAGGACGAAUCAGAAGAUGAAGAAUGGUUGUCACAAGACCCAGGUGAUCUACUUUCAACGGAAACUACGUCCAGUAGUACAACUUGUGCCAGUGAUGGAAAUAAGAUUAAAGAAACAGUCAAUAAAGAGAUAUCGGAUCUCAUGGUGGGCCGUGUUUUCCGCAAGAAAACGACCCCUUCUCUUCCAGGGAAACGUACAUCAACAGAUGAUGUCAGAAAACCCAACGUAGAUGAUUGUCAAACGAAGAAAGCGAAGAUUGACGUUAGUACACAAACAGAGUUUAGAAGAGAAAUUUCAGUAAAGACUGUCAGGAAGUACAGAGAGGGCGAGGUUGACAUUAAAGAAACCACGACAGAGCAAUUGAUCUUGUUUUAAAUUUUGAAUUGUUAUCUUCAACACAGAUAGUGUUAUGAGCAUUGUACUUGUUAACCACUAUUAGGCAGUUUUAAAGUUUGCAUUUUUUUGUGGAUCACAUUGAAUAAAAAGAAAAGAAAAAAAAAAGUUUUAAAUGUUUUGUCAUUCGGGACGAAUGAACCCAGAGGCGUGGGUAAUGUAAAGAAUUUUGUCCUAUUAUAAAUCAAUGUUAAUAAUGGAAUAACCCGACAUCCCUUUCCAAUGGACUCUCCCAUGUGUAUAUAAGUGAGAGAAGCUGAGAGUCGGGGUCAUUCCUGUUUGAGCAGUGGAAGGAGAAGGUAACAGAAACACUAUAUUAAACUUCUGGACCCACACAAUUAGAUCAGUGGCCCGAAUAGAGCCGAAGCUGUUCUAUUGUGUGGUAUUGUAUAUUAGAGUUGUUUGUAAAACACAUUACUGACAGUUUGUCAGGGAAGAUAGCAAGUGCCAGGGUUAGGGGCCCGAAUAGAGCCGACCUGUCCUUGGAACUUGUCUAUCUAAUAGUUAAGCAGAAGUUAGGUUUUCCUCCUUCAUUGCCAAUCAUUUGUUAUUCUUGAUUCACUUUUGAUUUACCCAAAGCAGGGACAUUUGAUAUUAAAUAUAAAUCUAAUUAGUGAUUGAGAAAAAUUGUAUGCCUUUUAAUUUUACAUUGACAAGCAAAGAAGCGAGUGAA